AUGGCUGAAUCAACAACGCCUGAUGCUAUGCCUGCGCUUACACGGCGAUGGGCGGACAUGGUGCUUGAAGAUGAAGAAACGGCGUUCCAGCCGGUUGCUGAUGAUGUUGGCGAGGAGGGGGGUGGUGCUAAGAUGACAUGGCGAGUUGUUGGUCGCUUCCUGACCAAGACACUCAUCAAGAUAGAGUAUAUGAGGCAAGCCCUAGCAUCGGUCUGGAAACCGGUGAGGGGGAUGCGUGUGUCCAAAAUCCAGCCUCGAUUAUUCUUGUUUGUGUUCUAUCAUAGAGCGGAUAUGGUACGGGUGCUAGAAGAGGGUCCCUGGGCGUUUGAGAAUGCAACCCUAGUUUGUCGGGAGGUGGUGGAUGGUGCGUUACCAACGAAUGUGGCUCUUGACUCUGUAGACAUGUGGAUUCAAGUGUAUGAUCUGCCAUUGGGUUACACGUCGGAUAAGAUCCUAGAGCAGAUUGGGAAUUUUCUGAGUAUCUUUAUUAAGGGAGAUAAUAGGUUUGCUGGAGCCCUGUGGAAAACGUUUCACCGGAUUCGUGUUUCUUUGUCAGUUGAUAAACCGAUAAGACGGCGGAUGAAAUUUGUUAAGCGUGACAAGUCUACGUGUUGGGUCACGUUUAAAUACAAACGCCUGCAUAAUUUUUGUUUCUACUGCGGAAUGAUUGGCCAUGUUUAUAAAUUAUGUGCCCAUGCUAGAGAUGCAACCAUUCCAGUCGAGAAUUACCCUUUCUCGAAUAAGUUGCGUGCCGACGACCGGCGAGGUCCUCGGGCAGUAGGAGAAAGUUGGUUGUUGCCAACGGAAGGGGCAGGAGGGGUAGAGGACAGUACCGCUUUGUUUCCGAACGUGGAUGUUGUGGGAACCGCCUCGGCUGCUCGUCGCGAUACUGACAUGGCAGUGGUGGCGGUCGCUAAAAGGCGGAGAGAAGGGGAGGGUGGCAGCGAAAGGGGGCUGGUUGGUGGUGAUGAGGAUGUCUUGAUGUCUGAGGGUGGUUCAAAAAGCUUGCAUAUGGCGGGCUUUGGUUCCCAGACCCGCCCAACCCAAUGA